AUGGGUUGUGCUGCCAGCAUUGUUCUGCUCCAAGCCUUUCGUUCUGUGGUACAGAGGAACUGUCCACAUAUCUGCAGGCGCCGACGACGAGAGGAGUUGUCACAUGAAAUUCUGCCGCUGGAUAGCGAUGAGGAAAUGAGCAGACCCAGGACUCUCAUCAUAAUGCAGGAAAAACCCAGACUCUUGGAACCUUUGGAUUAUGAAGCUGUUAUCACAGAGAUUGAAAAAAAUCUUGGAGAUAACCAGUUUAAGGAUCUGAUAUUAUUCCCCGAUGAUGACUUUUCAACAGACACAAUUUCUCUGGAAAUCAGGACGCUGUACCCUUCUGUACCUGAAGAUGCAGAACAAAAAGCAGAAAAUUUAUUUGUUAAAGAGGCUUGUAAAUACUACAGUUCCCAGUGGCAUGUUGUGAACUACAAAUAUGAACAGUAUUCAGAAGACUUUCGACACUUACCACAAAAUGAAUGUAGACCAGAGAAACUGCCAUCACAUUCCUUUGAAAUCGAUCACGAAGAUGUGGAUAAGGAUGAAGAUACAACAUCCCACUCGUCUUCAAAAGGUGGUGGAGGAGGAGGAGGAGGAGGAUUAGCAGCAGGAGUUUACAAGUCUGGAUGGCUUUAUAAAGGGAAUUUCAACAGCACUGUAAACAAUAGCAUUACUGUUCGGUCAUUCAAAAAGCGCUACUUCCAGCUGACACAGUUGUCGGAUAACUCAUAUAUCAUGAAUUUUUAUAAAGAUGAAAAAAUAUCAAAGGAGCCAAAGGGAUGUAUUUUCUUAGAUUCUUGUACAGGAGUUGUGCAGAAUAACAGGCUUAGGAAACAUGCCUUUGAGUUGAAAAUGAAUGACCUCACAUACUUUGUGCUGGCAGCUGAAAAUGAGCAGGAUAUGGAUGACUGGAUUUUUACUCUCAACAAAAUCCUGCAAAUAAAUCCAGAGGGAACGAUUCAGGAGAGGAAAAGUGCAGAUCUCACUGACCUGAAACUUGACCCUCCAGAAGUUUCGGUGAAUUAUGAUUGCUCUCAAGAAGAGACUGAUUCUUCAGAGAACACCUUGCACCCAGACUUCGCAAAAUACAUCACAGAAACAGAAGAAACGGUGAAAGCCUCUCGAAAUACAGAGCGACUAAAUCUUUUUUCUUUGGAUCCUGAUAUAGCAUCAUUGAAUCCUCAGAAAAAGGAGUUUCCAGGGACAAACUCAGUGAUCAAGCCAUUUGAAGAAAAGCCUGCAAAGAGGAUCCUGAUAAACUGCAAAUCCCUCAGUUUGAAUCUCCAGGCCUGUGUUACUGAAAACGAAAAUGAUCCUUCAACUAAUGUAGAGCCUUUCUUUGUGAGCGUGGCGCUGUAUGAUGUCAGGGAUGGCAGGAAGAUCUCUGCUGAUUUUCACGUGGAUUUGAACCACACACUUGUUAGACAGAUGAUUUCAGGUUCCUCCUCUUCAUUAGAAAAUGGCACUGUUGAAAAUAUAGACUCAAAUGAAAUGGAAGAACCACAGGUCAAGGGGUUCCCAGAAGAAUGGCUGAAAUACCCAAAACAGGCUCUUUUCUCUAUAAGUAAUCCUCAUUCUGAGAUCGUAUUAGUGGCAAAAAUAGAAAAGGUGCUUACAGGAAACAUUGCCAGCAGUGCUGAACCUUACAUUAAGAAUCCUGAUUCUUUUAAGUGUGCACAGAAAGUGUUAAAAUCCAAUAAACAGUUCUGCAGCAAGCUGGGGAAAUACCGUAUGCCAUUUGCUUGGUCAGUGAGACCAGUGUUUAAAGAUAAUCAGGGAAAUGUUGACAGAGACUCCCGAUUCUCACCUUUAUUCAGGCAAGAAAGUAAUAAGAUUUCCAUGGAAGAUAUGAUUAAACUAAUAGCAGAAUACAGAAGAGCAGAGAAGAUUAGCAAAAUACAGACAAUACCUGGCUGUUUGGAGAUUGCAGUUGAUUGUGUUCCCUUGGAACAUCCAAACUGUGUAACUUCGUCUUUUAUUCCAAUCAAGCCGUUCAAUGACAUAAGGGAGCAUCAACCUACAGUGGAAGUUGAGGAGUUUGUACAGGAAUCAACAAAGUAUUCUCGACCUUACAGAGUAUACAAGAACCAAAUAUACAUAUAUCCAAAACACCUCAAGUAUGAUAGCCAAAAAUACUUCAACAAGGCACGGAAUAUAACAGUUUGCAUUGAAUUUAAAAGCUCUGAUGAAGAAGGAGCAAAGCCACUGAAGUGUAUUUACGGGAAGCCAGGUGGACCAUUAUUUACAACAGCAGCCUACACCGCUGUGCUACAUCAUUCCCAGAAUCCUGAUUUCUAUGAUGAGGUGAAAAUUGAACUUCCCACUCAACUCCAUAAGAAACACCACAUUCUGUUUUCAUUUUAUCAUGUCACCUGUGACAUAAAUGCAAAAGCUAAUGCCAAAAAGAAAGAGGCUCUGGAAACACCAGUGGGAUAUGCAUGGCUUCCUUUGUUGAAAGAUGCCCAGUUAGCGUCCCAAGAACAUAACGUGCCAGUGGCAAGCAGUCUGCCUCCCAAUUACUUGAGCCUUCAAGAACCAACUAGUGGAAAGCAGAUCAGCUGUGAUGUAAAAUGGGUAGAUAGUGGGAAACCACUUUUCAAAGUCUCUACUUUUGUUGUAUCAACAGUAAAUACUCAGGAUCCAUACCUGAAUAACUUUUUCCAUCAGUGCCAAGAAAGGGAAAAGGAUCUAUCCCAGCCUCCUACCUCAAACUUUAUCAAUUCCUGUAAGAAUUUGCUGAGGAUCGAGAAGAUCCACGUAAUUAUGAAUUUUCUUCCUGUAGUCCUGAAUCAACUCUUUUGGGUUUUGGUGCAAAACAGUGAUGAUGAAGUUACAACGGCUGUGACCAGGGUUUUUACUAACAUUGUUGCUAAGUGCCACGAAGAACAACUAGACAACUGCAUCAGUUCUUAUGUGACGUAUGUGUUCAGGACCAAAUCAUUUGAAGAAAGGACUGUUCAUGAGGAACUGGCCAAGAGUAUGACUGGUCUUCUGAAGUUAAAUGACCAAGUAACAGUGAAACAGGUUUUAAAGCACUCCUGGUUCUUCUUUGCAGUUAUCUUAAAAUCAAUGGCACAGCACUUGGUUGAUACUAACAAAACAAAGGUUUCUCGAACUCAGAGGUUUCCAGAAUCGUUUCAAACUGAGCUGGAUACACUUGUGAUGGUCUUAGCAGACCAUGUUGUUUGGAAGUACAAAGAUGCUCUUGAAGAAACCAGGAAUGCAAACUACAGCACUGCAAAAUUUCUCAAGCGCUGUUUUACAUUUAUGGAUCGUGGAUUUGUGUUCAGGAUUGUCAACAAUUAUAUAAGUAUGUUUGGAACAGGAGAUAGCAAGACUUUACAUCAGUUCAAAUUUGACUUUCUCCAAGAAGUCUGUCACCAUGAACACUUUAUCCCUCUGUGCCUGCCCAUACGUUCUUCAAACAUUCCUGACUCUGUGACGCCUUCAGAAUCAACACAGGAAUAUCGAACAUCAGAUAUUCCAGAGUACACACUGACCAAUGAAUUUUGUCGUAAACAUUUUCUAAUUGGAGUCCUGCUGCGGGAGGUCGGCUUUGCCUUGCAAGAAGACCAGGAUAUCAGGCACUUAGCUUUGGCUGUGCUUAAAAACUUAAUGGCAAAGCAUUCAUUUGAUGAUCGAUACGCAGAGCCGGCAAAACAGGCGCAAAUAGCAAACCUGUACAUGCCUCUCUAUGGAAUGCUUUUGGACAAUAUGCCAAGGAUUUACAUGAAGGAUAUGUUCCUUUUCAAUAUCAAUACUUCCAAUCAGGUAAUUAAUGAGAUUUUUCAGAACACUGAAACGAUCGAACUGAGGAAAAUUGCUGCUGCUUUUAAGUUUGUUCAGGCCACCCAGAAUAAUGGAACCCUUAAAGGUUCGAACUCCUCUGGCCAGGCAUCGUCAGGUCUGCUCUCGCAAUGGAUGCAUUCUACUUCUAGUCACGAUGGCCACAAGCAUCACAGAUCUCAAACAUUACCAAUAAUCCGUGGCAAAAAUGCACUUUCUAACCCCAAACUCUUGCAGAUGAUAGACAGCAGCACUGCAAGUAACUCCAAUGAAACGGACAUUGUACAGUACGUAGACACGGAGGCAAACAUUGCCACAGAAGUUUCCCUCACAAUCCUUGACCUGUUGUGUCUUUACACUCUGAAUCACCAGAGGCAGCUCCAGCAAUCUGAUUGCCAGAAUGCAUUGAUGAAGAAAGUCUUUGACACACACAUGCUCUUUUUGCAAAUCAACCAGUCGGCAGCAGCUCUCAAGCACGUCUUUGCUGCCCUACGGCUGUUUGUAGGCAAGUUCCCAUCAGCAUUCUUCCAAGGACAAGCAGAUCUCUGCGGUUCGCUCUGCUAUGAAAUCCUGAAGUGUUGUAACCAUAGGUCACGUUCAACUCAGACAGAGGCAUCUGCUCUUCUUUAUUUUUUCAUGAGAAAGAACUUUGAAUUUAACAAGCAGAAAUCCAUAGUCAGAUCCCAUCUACAGCUCAUCAAAGCAGUGAGCCAGCUGAUAGCGGAUGCAGGGAUUGGCGGAUCUCGUUUUCAACAUUCACUUGCAAUAAUAAAUAAUUUUGCUAACGGAGACAAGCAGAUGAAAAACGUUAAUUUCCCAGCAGAGGUGAAGGAUCUGACCAAACGCAUCAGAACAGUUUUAAUGGCCACAGCUCAGAUGAAGGAGCAUGAGAAGGACCCCGAGAUGCUUGUGGAUCUGCAGUACAGCCUAGCAAAUUCCUAUGCCAGCACACCUGAGUUACGUAGGACAUGGCUUGAAAGCAUGGCCAAGAUUCACGCAAGAAAUGGAGAUUUAUCAGAGGCUGCUAUGUGCUAUAUCCAUAUCGCUGCUCUUAUUGCGGAGUACCUGAAAAGAAAGGGUUACUGGAAAAUGGAAAAGAUUUGUACCUCACGUAUGCUCCUGGAAGAUGGUCAAGUCUCUGAUAGUAAUGUGUUACUAACAACUCACAAUGGAGGAAGCUUAUUUUCCAUGGGAUGGCCUGCUUUUCUGAGCAUUACCCCCAACAUUAAAGAAGAAGGCGCUAUGAAGGAAGAUUCUGGGAUGCAAGAUACUCCCUAUAAUGAGAAUGUUCUUGUGGAGCAGUUGGAGUUGUGUGUUGAAUACCUGUGGAAGUCUGAGAGAUAUGAGCUUAUUGCUGAGGUUAACAAGCCUAUCAUUGCUGUUUUUGAGAAGCAGAGGGACUUUAAAAGACUAUCUGAUUUGUACUACGACAUCCACCGCUCGUACCUGAAGGUUGCAGAAGUAGUGAACUCAGAGAAACGUCUCUUUGGGCGAUAUUACCGUGUUGCAUUUUAUGGGCAGGGGUUUUUUGAAGAAGAGGAAGGCAAAGAAUAUAUCUAUAAAGAACCCAAAUUAACGGGCUUGUCUGAGAUCUCUCAGAGGCUGAUGAAACUUUAUGCAGACAAGUUUGGAAUAGAUAACGUGAAGAUCAUCCAGGAUUCCAACAAGGUCAACCCCAAAGACCUGGAUCCAAAGUAUGCCUAUAUCCAGGUGACAUAUGUCACACCUUUCUUUGAAGAGAAAGAAGCCGAAGAUCGAAAGACCGACUUUGAAAUGCAUCACAACAUCAACCGUUUUGUGUUUGAAACACCUUUCACGCUCUCAGGAAAAAAGCACGGAGGCGUAGAAGAGCAGUGCAAGAGGCGCACAAUCCUGACAACCAGUCACUUGUUUCCGUAUGUGAAGAAGCGUAUUCAAGUCAUAAGCCAAACCAGCACAGAGCUGAACCCUAUUGAAGUAGCGAUUGAUGAGAUGUCCAAAAAAGUCUCAGAGCUCAAUCAGCUUUGCACAAUGGAAGAAGUGGACAUGAUCCGACUGCAGCUCAAACUCCAAGGAAGCGUCAGUGUCAAGGUAAAUGCUGGACCGAUGGCCUAUGCUCGAGCUUUUCUUGAAGAGACAAACGCUAAGAGAUAUCCUGAUAAUCAAGUUAAGCUUCUGAAGGAAAUCUUCAGGCAAUUUGCAGAAGCAUGUGGACAUGCUCUUGAUGUCAACGAACGCCUUAUUAAGGAGGACCAAUUUGAAUAUCAGGGGGAGAUGAAGUCUCAUUAUAAGGAUAUGCUCAGUGAGCUGUCUGCAGUUAUGAACGAACAGAUUGCAUACAAGGAGGACUCGGCAAAACAGCAAGGAAUGGAGCGCACCUAUUCACGAGUCAUCAAUAGAGCCAGCUCCUCUGCGCCAGCAGCACCCGCCCCGGCAAAUCCUGACGCGUGACUGCGGCGUGGGCAACACGUGGCCUUGGGAAGACUUGGGGUGGCUGGAGAGGUUUUUUUUGUUGUUUGUUUGGGGUUUUUUUCCUUUUAGAUUAAUAGUACUGAAAAUUAAUUUGAUCAAGGACAAUGCCAGGAAAAGGAUUUGUGGGUUAUAAUUUUAAUUUAUUGGAAGUCUUCACAGUGUUAUUUUUUAAAACUGCAAGCUUGAUUUUUUUUUUUUUUUAUCAUUUUUUGCUUGCCCCAAUAUUUGCACAUUCCCUAUCUUCUUGUUGUUGUUGUCAAUUUUUGGUUUUGAGCAGCCUUUAUUAAGCCAGGCUGGUUAUGAAGUUCCCGUUGAACAGAUAGGUACGCAGCAAACCCUAAGUUUGCUAUAAAUUAUAAUAUAUCUAAUACUAAGUCCUAGUAUACAUAUAUUUUAAAGGUCAGAGUGGAUGUUUUAUAACAUUUAAGUAUAUUGCAAUUGUAAAUAGAAGAUGUGUAAAAUAUGUCAUUUUUACAAAAUUUAAAAAAAUAUCUUUUUAGUUAAUUAUGACAGUACUAAGAGUAUGGAUAACAUUUCAGUUACCAUUAUAUUAAAAUAUUUGUGUAUGUGUA